AUGCAGCACCAUACCAAACGCAAGGUGGUUGAUCUUGUGCAGCGUUUUAACGAAUGCGUAGGUGCUGCAGCACGAAAAGUGUAUACGCAGCAGAUAUCAGCCAUAGAACUUCUGCAGCGUCCGCAGUGCGAGAUUCGACAGCAGCUUCCCGAGAUUUGCGCAUUUGUGGACUCUCUCAGCGGCAAAACCACAGCUGCUCCUCCGUCUUCACUAGUGCGCUGUGCCUUUCGACAUCCAGAUGCGCAGUGGCUGAAUCGCAGUGCCCGCGAGAGCGGGAUAUCAGCGCUAAUUUGCCAACAGUUAGUAAGACUGGCGAGACAGGACAAUAAGGUAGACUUAAGUGAUGAAAAUAUGAUAUAUUGGCCGCCAGCAGAGCUCAUCAUGCACGUUUUGCUGGAUGCAUUGCUGUUGCCUUGCACAAAGCGACUGGGUAAAGCUCCAGAUGCUUGCAAGUGGUGUGUGACUCAAUCAAAGCCAAGAUUUCACGCUAUGACGUGUUUCCCAGUGUGGUCGACUUUGCUGCCAUUUGCGGCGCUAAUGGGACUUCGUUUUCCGGAAAUAUUUUCAAAAGUACUUCAAGAUUUUUCCGGAAAUCAGAGACAUCGGGUCAAUUGUGAUUUUGCACAGAUUCUUGGAAUGUGGAGAUUAAUGGAGGAGUUUAAUCGAGGAGACAAGGAAAAUCAGAGUGCUGUGACGAACGCGAUGAUUCAAUUACUAAAAUUUGCUAGUGCUAAAGUGAUUGGACAGAUAAGGUCAGGCCAGUACAAAAAGAAAGUUGCGGGCUCGCAUUUGGAUGACCAGCUUCUGGAAAAGUUUUUCACGGGAUUACAAGAAUUUGCCUUUAAAAGCGGGAGAUCAAAUGCAGUGAUAAAGCCUGCACUUUUAAGCGUAUUGCAGAGCUCAUUUUUGGACUUGGAAGGUCAAACAAAGAUUGUUGAUAUGCCACAACAUUUGGCAGCAUUUAUGGCAGCGGGAUGUGUGUUUGUCCAGGGCUUAGCGUCAGAUAUUGUUUCAAUGCUGAUCGAACGGCUUAGUGACACGACAAACAAGUGUGAACUUACCAAAGAAUUUCUGCUAAAUAUUCUUGUGGGGUUUUGUGCCUAUGUGGACUUAGUCUCGUUGCCGUCAGUGCUCGACUUACUUAACUUGAUAAUUGCUGCAUAUAAAGCGGUUGAGCAACAGACAGACGAUGUUAAUGGCCAGCAACAACAACGCUUGAAAUAUGUUUUUUAUCUUGUUUACGUGGCGUAUCAUCGAUAUCAAAAUGUUGACAUUCUGUGCCAGGAUCUUAGUUCUCAAAGCGCGAUGUUCAAGCUCAUUCUUUCCGAGUUUCAGACGCGUCUGUGCAGUGACAUCGCUCUUGAAGAUUUUUGCGUAGCUGCUCCUUUGCAUUGGAUGGUAAAAGUCUGGAAGCACUGGGUAUUUCUUUCUGACGAAGACGUCCAGACAUUUGUGUUAGAAGCUGAAGAUCAAGAUAGGGCGACCGAGCAAGAAUUUGAGAAUCGAGUCGGUGCUUGGCAAGUGCUCCAGGACCGCAUGGCCUUUAGACCGGCAUCAUUCUCGUCAUUCCCGCAUAUGAACACUUUACUAAAGCCGCAUUUGAUCUCGCCUUUACCGCUUACAGAUCUAAGGGAUGACGAUGGAAUGAUCGUGCAAGCACGAAAGCGCCGUCGAAGUGAUUAUUCUACGAUCACUUCAGUUGAUUCCGUUCAAUUUACACGUUCGCUUGAUGUGUUGCUGUUGCCUGACGUCAUGGAGCGCGUGUGCUCAUUUAUGAGUGCCAAGCGUCUCUGUCGAAUGGCACUAGUAUGUCGCACGUUUGCACACAUCAGUCAUCGAGCUUCGCUGUGGCAACCGCUUUAUAUACAUAUCGGUAAUUCUACGGGAAAGUCAGCACAAGUAGAAUGUCACCACGGUGAAAAAUUUAUACACAAUUGGCAAAAACUUUACCAGGAGCGAUGGAAAGUGUUGCGAAGACUACGACGUCUGCGUGUUCGAGCGAUUAAACGCGAUAUAUCUCAGGAGCAGGAAGGCAGACCAUCUGUAUCCAGUAGAAUAGCUUCAGCCUUCAGCCAGCAGAUUUGCUCUUUCUGCGGCUGCAAUUACGUGCUUAAGUCGGCCGCGGAUCUCGAAUUUCACCAAAUGCAGCACAAGCGUUGGACCUGUCGAGAAGUGUCUUGUAAAGCUUCAUUUACUGGUCAGCAAAAGUUUAACGUACACAUGAGGCAGCAUAGUGCCGAUCGAUUCGAGUGUGGCUUUGAAAGCUGCCAAAAAAGUUACAAGACACUAAAGUGGCUGAACUCUCAUCGUCAAAAAGAGGGACAUUACAUUCCACAAUCCCAAUAA